AUGGCCCUCUCGCCGUUUGCCUCUCGCUCCCCUUCGAUGACGGUCGCUUCGCCCCGCUCAGCUCUGCGGUUAAAAGCUGCAAGUGCUCAAUAUGUAUCUGGCUCGGCAGUCGCUGCACAGUCUGAGUCGAAUCCAGACCGUGAGCUUACUGAGCAGCUGAAUGACGAUGUGCGGCAGAAAUACAUCAAGGGCAAGAAAUUAGGUGAAGGUACAUACGCCAUUGUGUAUCUGGGGCACUUUCGCGAGGACCCAUCCUCGUGCGUCGCAAUUAAGAAGAUCAAAGUCAACGCGGAAUAUAAGGAUGGACUCACCAUGGACGCGAUUCGUGAGGUCAAGUACCUUCAAGAGCUGUCGCACCAGAAUGUGAUUGCCCUCCAUGACGUGUUCUCUUCCAAGGACCAAAAUCUCAACCUGGUCUUGGAGUUUCUUCCGGGAGGAGAUCUCGAGAUGCUCAUCAAAGACAAUGACAUUCACUACGGUGCGAGCGACAUCAAGGCCUGGAUGGGCAUGCUUGCCCGGGGGGUAUGGUUCUGCCAUGAGAACUUUGUGCUUCAUCGAGAUAUCAAGCCCAACAACUUGUUGAUCGCCGCCAACGGCGAGGUCAAGCUGGCUGAUUUUGGCCUGGCACGUUAUCACCCGGUGGUAUCGGCCCCCGAGCUGCUCUACGGGGCACGGCAAUAUUCGGGAGCUGUGGACGUCUGGUCGAUGGGAAUGGUCUUUGCGGAGUUGCUCCUGCGCGUUCCCCUGUUGGCUGGGAUGUCGGACCUGGAUCAGAUCACUAAGAUUUGUGAGGCCUUUGGCACCCCGACGGAGGAUAAUUGGCCUGGGGUGACGCAGUUGCCCAACUACGUUGCGGACAAAACGGUCCCGUUGCAGGGGCGCGAGUUCUUCCUUCGGCAGUUCCCUACCGCCGGCCCGGUGGGUGCCGAUCUGCUCAUGUCGAUGUGCGCUUUGGAUCCUCGCAAGCGCCGUACCGCUCUGCAAGUCUUACAACACAGCUGGUGGACAACCGACCCGCAGCCGACCAAAAACGAGGAUCUCCCGCGGAAGUCGGGGACCAAGAAGAUGGGCGAUGACUUGGCCCGACGCGGCGGCGAAACCGAUGACGGUCCCUUUAAACACGCGGCACGCCAAUUGGACUUUGGCGCCAUGAAGUAA